ACGUAAAUUUUAAACUAGUGAUAACCUUUGAAAAAAUUUCGAGUAUUUAAACCUCGUUAGGGGCAACGUUUCUGUAUGUGCCAAAUCUGUCAGUAUUUAAAGAACCAAAAGAAAACUUACUUAAAUUUUCAAGAGGAACUUUGUGAACUCGUAGAAGUUUAUCUUGGACCUGCUGGGACUACGGCGCGGUUUAUUUCAUGCAAAGUUUUAUUUUUAAUCUACUCGACUUUCUAAGGCUAAAAGACAAACCUCACCAAAAAAUGGAAGAACAUCACUCUAAAAUUGAAAUCAACAGAAAAGUCUACUUACAAAAUUCAGAAAACUUCAAGACUGAGAAAAUGAGUUUGAAAUCUUCUGUGACUUUGAAACUUCAGUGCCAACCGAAAAAAUGCCUCAUAAACGCCAUUCCGGCAAUCGGAUGGUUGUCCACGUACAAUUGGAAGGAGUGGCUUAUAAAAGAUUUUAUAUGCGGGUUCACUGUAGCAGUAAUGAAUAUACCCCAAGGAAUGGCUUACGCGAUAUUGGGUAACGUUCCUCCAGUGGUUGGAAUAUAUAUGGCAUUUUUUCCUGUUAUUGUAUAUGCUAUAUUAGGAACUUCUAGGCACAUAUCUAUGGGUUCUUUUGCCGUCGUCUGCCUAAUGGCUGGAAACGUCAUUCUCAAGAACUCACCUUCUGACAUACCCAAAUUACAAAAUAAUCACACAACCGUCGAGCCGGUGGAGUUUUAUUCGCCUAUUGAAAUUGCCACAGCAUUGACAUUUAUGGUGGCAAUUUAUCAGUUAUUUAUGUAUGUAUUCCGUCUUGGCAUUAUCUGCACGCUACUUUCUGAGACACUUGUAAGUGGAUUUACUGCAGGAGCCGCGAUCCAUGUUUUGACUUCACAACUUAAAGACAUUUUUGGUGUGUCUUUGGUUAAAGUGCAAGGUCCAUUGAAGUUAAUCUAUAUUUACAUUGAUUUGUUUUCGAAACUGAGUGUUAUGAAUAUAGGCGCCAUUAUUUGUUCGGCUUUGACAAUAACUGUUUUAGUCAUCAACAACGAAUUCCUCAAGCCUUAUGUUCAAAAGAAAACAUUUAUCCCUAUACCGAUUGAAUUGUUAGUCGUUCUAUGUGGCACGCUUGCAUCAACCUAUGGUAACAUCGCUACAAAUUAUGGUUUAAAAACAGUUGGACAUAUAGCAGUUGGUUUGCCAGAGCCAGCAGUGCCGAAUUUCAACCUACUGCCAGCUGUGGCAUUGGACAGUAUUACAAUAACUAUCAUCGGAUACAUCAGUAGUUUUUCAAUGGCGCUUAUAUUCGCGAACAAGUUGAAAUAUGAAAUCGACCCAAAUCAAGAGUUGCUCGCACAGGGUUGUGGAAAUUUGUUUGGAUCUUUUUUCUCCUGUCUUCCGUUUGCAGCAUCCCUAUCACGAAGUGCGAUACAAGAGAGUGUCGGAGGGUGCACACAGUUAGCCAGUUUAUUUUCAUGUGGGCUGCUUUUAUUCGUUCUUUUAUGGAUCGGGCCAUUUUUUGAACCCCUUCCAAGAUGCAUUUUAGCCAGCUUAAUUGUUGUGGCCCUUAAAGGAAUUUUAUUUCAAGUUAAAGACAUAGUUAGUAUUUUUAAAACAUCGACAUUAGACGGUAUAAUCUGGCUUUCGACUUAUGUGACUGUCAUUAUUGUCGAGGUUGAAUAUGGACUUCUAGUCGGUGUCUGUAUAUCUAUUUCAAUUUUAUUUAUACGUGGUAUUAAACUGCAAAUUACGACUUUGGAGAGGAUUCCAAACACCGAAAUUUAUGUCGAACCAAACAAAUACGUCAAGACUGAGGGAAUUCCUGGGAUCACAAUUAUACACUACGCAGGAUGUAUUAAUUUUGUUAAUAAAUUGACGUUCAAAAGUAAGGUAAAUGCAAUUGUCAGCUGGACACCCAUUGACGACGGAAAUAUAACUAACACAAUUAAGCCUCUUCCAAUGAAACAAUUGGAAGCGAUUAUUUUUGAUUUUCGAUCUGUGCAGUACAUCGACGCUUCUGGUGCUAAGGCAAUCAAAGAAAUUUUACAAACAUUGAACAACUCGGGCAAAAGUGUUUUGUUUGUGGGCUUGCAAGAGUAUGGAGUAAGCACGCUCAAUUCAUGCAAUGUUUUCAAUGAGCCAUCAGUUCCUAUAUUUCCGACAGUCCAUGAUGCAGUGAUUUAUUUUCAAUCCACAGCCAGUAAAACCUCUUCUAUAACCGAUUUGUUCACUGCAAGAUUGUAAACUGAUAUGAAACCUUGAAUAUAAAAUUUAUUAUUGUUUGUACAGAUUCACUGUAUAUAAAUUAAAUGUGAUAUAUAAUUUUUCUAGUAA